GUGUCCCCCCCUCGGUCCUGCUCUCAAAUGUGUCCCCCUCUAGCUCAGCGGUUGGCCAUGAACAGCCCCGAGUUAUGAGAACGGCUGAAACCGGUCGCACAAAGCCUUCGAUACGACGCGGGGCAAAGGAUGGCAUCCCCCUCACCUCAUAAUCGCAGCCGAAACGAGGACGAGGAUGACCCUGUGGAUCGUAUGAUAUCGCAGACCGGCUGUGCUGAGCUCCACUAUGCCGUGCAGGAGUGCAUGGCCGAACACCAGGACUGGCGCAAGUGCCAGCGUCAGGUCCAGACCUUCAGAGACUGCAUGACGGCGUACCAGAAGAUGCGGAAAGAACUGAUAAAACAGCAGAGAGCCUCCACAGAGUCGGCUCAGAGUUGAACGCCACCUCACAAACUGUUUAAAUCAUACCCUGUGAGUCUGGAUAAAGACCUUUUUUUAAACAUUCUGCAGGAUCUAAUAUGACUAUCUUUUAAUUUAUUAACAAACUGACCCUGAAAUGGAAACCCAGCUAGAAAUGUUAAAAUUAAUAAAAGUAUUUCAUUGCCGUUUA